CACCAGGAUUUCUGUUCCGGUUUACGAGGCUCCAGCUGUUGGUAGGUAAGUAAUUUAAUGCACCUAGCUAAAAUUUACCAUGCAUAGGGCGUGCGUCUUACCUUAUUGAAAUCCAACCAAGAGGUAAACUUCGCUUUCCUGAUAACUAAUUAGGCCUGUCUUCUAGACUCUGUUAGACCGUAGACGGUAUCAGUGGAGCUCGUCGGCUUAUCUCGUCUGAUUUAUUUCAUCGAUUCAUUCACAUUUCCACAUGAUGCUGCAAUAACUUCUUCGUCAAGCUUUUUCAAUAUGCGGUCACUUCGCUUUCUCGACGUCUUUAGUUUUUCGUUGCUGUUCGGCGCGGUUCUGUCACACCAGCAUGGAGAGCCUGGCGAGCAACCAAGUGUAGAACAAUUACACGAGCUGGAAGCAAAAUGGGGGAACGAUUGGGCGUUCUCGGGAAUAUCAACCUUUGCCCAUCUCCCCCACGUUCGGUGUCUUACUACACCGAGCGAGCCAUACGACAUAGCGAUCAUUGGUGUCCCAUUUGAUACCGCUGUCAGCUAUAGGCCCGGCGCCCGCUUCGGCCCACGAGCCAUCCGCGCCGCCUCUGCGCGCCAAACCCCCUUCCGAGGGUUCAACACGCGCGCGAACCUCAACCCGUUCGCCUCCUGGGCCAACAUCCUCGACUGCGGUGACAUCCCCGUCACGCCGUUCGACAACGCCCUCGCGCUGCGGCAGAUGACCGAAGCCUACGUGGAACUCGGCCUGCACCCUGUCACCCCGAAGAACCAAGGGUCGUCCACAGCGUACUACCAGAAACCAAAGCUCAUCAGCCUAGGUGGCGACCACUCCAUCGCGCUCGCCGCCCUGCGUGGCCUGAAAGCCAUCUACGGCGCGCCAGUCGCCGUGGUUCAUUUUGACGCGCACCUGGACACGUGGCACCCGGCGAAGUAUCCGUCCGCGUGGCUCGACCCAGAGGGCCCGGACCAGCAGUCGUUCUUCACGCACGGCAGCAUGUUCUGGACGGCACGGAACGAGGGGUUGAUCGCGAACGGGUCGUCGGUGCACGCAGGGCUGCGGACGCGGUUGUCGGGAAUCGACGAUGAGGAUUAUCAGGACGAUGCGGAGCAGGGGUGGGAGCGCAUUUCGACGGACGAUAUCGAUGAGAUCGGCGUCAAGGGGGUGGUGAAGACGAUCAUGGACCGUGUGGGGACGGAGAUGCCGGUGUAUUUGAGCGUCGAUAUCGAUGUCAUUGAUCCGGGUCUCGCUCCUGGGACGGGGACUCCUGAGCCCGGUGGUUGGUCGACGAGGGAGUUGAUCCAGAUCCUUAGGGGGAUCGAGGGGCUUAAUGUCGUGGGUGCGGAUAUCGUAGAGGUGAGUCCGGCGUACGAUGGGAGCACGGAGGCGACGGCGUUGGCUGGGGCACAAGUGGCAUACGAGAUCUUGACCAGCAUCGUCAAGCGUGGGUUAAUCGAGGGGGGGAAGACCAAGCAGGCGGGUGGAACGGCUUCUCGCGAUGAACUUUGAAGGGGGUGAAGGAAGAGAACAGCAUAACAUAGUGGCCAUUAUACGACAAACUCUGAAUGUUAAAUAACGCCUUAAUUUUAUAGUCGCAUAAACCGAGUUUCUUUGUUCGGA